CAGUUUUGUAAGGCCGCAAGCGAAAUGUCCGAUUCUGCCGGCGAUAAUUCAAAACCUCGAGUAGUCGUUUUAGGAGGGUGCGGUUUCAUCGGUCGGAACCUGGUCGAAUACUUAAUAAGUAAUGACCUGGUGAGCCAUUUACGUGUGGUGGACAAGACUCCGCCGCAACUUGCCUUCCUUAAUCCUGCACACACCAAGGUUUUUGAAGACCCCCGCGUUGAAUACAAAAGUGCAAAUCUCAUCAAUCCAACAUCAUGUGCAAAAGCGCUAGAACCGAACGGUUCCCAGUGGGAUCUAGUCGCGAACUGCGCGGGCGAGACGCGCGUUGGUCAGAUGGAAGCUGUCUACACGGAGGGUAUUUACACACUAAGUAUGAACGUCGCGAAGCAGUGCGCCAGCCUGAAGGUGCCCAGACUGGUUGAAAUAUCCAGCGGGCACAUGUACAGCAGCGAUAAGCCACAAAAAGAAGAUUGUCCGAUGGAACCGUGGACAGUGGAGGGUCGCAUGAAGAGUCUCGUUGAGAAGGAGCUAGCGAACAUGAAGGGGGAACUGAACUACACUAUCAUCAGACCAGCGAUCGUCUAUGGCGUGGGAGAUAGGAGGAGUUUAACACCACGUCUGCUCUACGGAGGUAUAUACAAACAUCUCGGGGAGACCAUGAAGUUGCUAUGGACAGCCGAUCUAAAGAUGAACACGGUGCAUGUAAGCGACGUUUGUCGCGCGAUAUGGUUCCUUGGGAACAAGCCGGAGGCAAAUUGGAAGGUUUAUAACGUUGUUGAUGAAGCUAACAGUACCCAGGGUAGCUUGGCCGAGCUCGUGGCUGACAUAUUUAAGAUCAACCAUGAUUAUUACGGAACCGCUAUAUCAACUCUAGCUAAGAACGACAUCGCCUCAGUGGCCGAAGAGGCUAACGACAAACACUUGACCGCGUGGGCGGACAUCUGUCGCAAGUACGCGCUGUCGCACACGCCCCUCGAGCCCAGCGCUGGGGCCGAGCUACUGCUCAACAAACAACUGUGCCUCGACGGAACCCGUUUGUGGGCUUUACAGCCUCCCACCGUAUCAAAACCCACGAGGGAUGGGCUGCUGGAGGUCCUCCAAGACUACGCUUCUAUGAAUCUCUUUCCUCAGGAACUCCUGCUAUGACCGCCUCGAUACCGAUAACUCGCUUUAAAGGUUUUUUUCUUAUGAAAUUUUACGAAAUGCUCCAUUGUAUGCGACAAUUUGAAACUCACGCGACGCCGAGAGCAAAGCUUGUUACGAUUAUUUACGACUAGACAUUAAAUUUAAACGAAAUUAUUUUAAGCAUUUACAGUAGGGUAUGAUGACGAUCCUCGCUGCCUUAUCGAAAUAACUUUAACGAGUGAAGUACUUAAUACUUAUAUAGAUAAAUGAAUGUUAACCAAGUUGUCGAUUUUUAUAUUUAAAACACUAAAUUAUUUGACAAUAGGGCAGAGAAGUCCCAACAAUCCAGGGUUUGAAAUUGUAUUAAUAAGGAAUUCUGUACUGUGAUAAACAAAAUUUAAACGGGCAGAUAUUGUCCACUGUUGGUCUGAAUAUUUUGUAUAUAAAUCGAAAAUUAACGUCAGAAUUAACGCUAGAGUUAAUGAAUAAAGACUGGCGAUACCAAAAAACGUCAUUAUGCUUUAUUCAAAGAAUUUAACAAAAUCCUUUAAAUGAAACACUAAACUGAAUUCCAUCCAUAUAAAAAAUUUCAAAAUAAAAUCAUGAAAAUA